AUGUCUCUGUCUUUGAGGCUUAGACCUGCUGCUGCUGCUGCUGCUGCUGCUGGUGCUGGUGCUGGUGCUGGUGCGGGGUGGUCGCAGCCUUUGCUGCUGCAGCCCCCCACGCACACGGAACAGGCUGCUGCGGCUGCUGCUGCGGCCGCUGCAGCAGCAGCAGCAACAGCAGCAGCGAAGGGCAGCAGCAGAAAUGCCGCUGCUGCUACAAAGGCAGCAAAUAUUGCAUGCAAUAGACGAGGCACUGCUGCUGCUGCUGCUGCACCUGCUGCUACUGCUGAGGCCCUUUCAUUCCGCAGUGCAUGCAGCCCCAACCGUCGCCAAGGCUUAACAAGCAGCAGCAACAACAGCAGCAGCAGCAGCAGCGAAGCAGAAGACCUGCCGCAGCACCAGGCUUCAGCUGCUACACUAAUUACACCCCGUCGCCCUCGCAUGCGUCGUCACGCAGACAGCAGCAGCAGCAGCAGCAGCAGCAGAUUAGUGGAUGCUGCAGAAGGCAUAGACUGGGGAGGCGGUGCAUCUACCUUUGAAGGAGAAUCUGCUGCAGCAGCAGCAGCUGCUGCUGCUGCUGGUGGCGUUGGUGACGUUGGGAAUAGUGCUGCUGCUGCUGCUGCUGCGGGUGCAGCUCGCUGCGCUGGUGGUGCUGCUGCGGAUGCAGCCAGUGUGGCUGCUGCUGCUGCUGCUGCUCCCUUUGCGGCUGCCGCUGCUGCUGCUGCAGCUGCUGGUGCUGCUGGUGCUUCAGCAGCAUCAGGAGCAGCAGCAGGAGCAGCAGCAGGAGCAGCAGCAGCAGCAGCUCCGGUGUCUGUACAGCUGAGACAGGGCUUGCAAGUGCUCAUUCACUUCAGACGGUUAGGCGGUCUCUUUGGCGGCGCUACUUUGAUCAUAUUCAAACCCAAGAUUCUGUUGAUAAACAGCUGCCCCUUCCCGCUGCAUUUGAAGCCUUUGGGGUGUCUAGGAACCUCAGCUGUCUCCUUUUAUCCUCUAGAGACUCUUGAGUUUAGCCCUUCCUUUAACUCUAUUCAUCUGCAGAUGCGCCGUGUGGGGCCCCACACCCGCAGCAGCAGCAGCAGCAACAGCAGCAGCAGCAGCAGCAGCAACACCAGCAGCAGCAGCAGCAGCAGCAGCAACAGCAGGCUAAAGGGACAGAAGGAGACCCUCCUCGCUCCGCAGCUGCGCAAACAAAUGCGCGAAGCAAUCUCCUUCAGCCACCUCUUAACUCCCUUCCUUCCUGCUACUCCCUGCAGCAGCAGCAGCAGCAGCAGCAGCAGCAAUGCGUGUUGCUGCUGCUGCUGCGGGCUUUGCGUCGGCAGUCUCUACUGCGAAUGGUCUUCGCCUAUCAAUGUUUUAAAAUGCCUCAACGAGCAGCUGGCGCUGCACUGCUCUCUACCACUCACCAGCAGCAGCAACAGCAGCAGCAGCAACAGCAGCAGCAGCAACAGCAGCAGCAGCAGACUUAUGCCUCGUGUGGAUAUAAUUCAGCUGCGUGCGACUGAAGAAGACGGAGUUCGGUUCCUUGUCUUUUCUGCUCCCUUCGCACGCAGCAGCAGCAGCAGCAGCAGCAGGAGCAGCAGGAGCAGCAGCAAGAGGACCCCCUGCUGCAGCAACUGCUGCUGCUGGAGAGAAGAGGGGAGGUGGUCUGCAGGCAUCCCUGCUGCUGUACAGGAGGCUCCUUGUAUAUUUAUAAUAAAUAAAUUGCUGCUGUCUCUUUUCGUGCAGCAGAAAGGAGAGCGCUGCUGCUCUCAAGUGUCUCCUCACUCUAUCCUCCCGCUUGCCUACGACAACCCUUGGGGAGAACGCACCUUUAAGGUUGCUGCCAGCAGGUGGCUGCUGCUGCUGCAGCAGCAGCAGCAGCAGCAGCAGCAGCACCGGCGGCGGAGGAAGGGGCGGCGGCAGCAGCAGCAGCAAAUGCUGCAGCAAAUGCUGCAAGAAGACGAAGAGACAAAGCCGCAGCAUUUGCUUGAGGUCUCCCUCAAAGCAGAAGGAGACAUCUUCUUCUUCUUUCUUGUAGCAGUACGAACUUCAGCAGCAACACAGCAGCAGCAGCAGCAGCAGCAGCAGCAGCAACAGCAUGCUGUCGGUGGUGGCACUGCCGAGAGCAAUACCCGCCAAGCUGCUACUGCUGCUGCAGCAGCAGCAGCAGCAGCAGCUGCAACUACUGCGGAGCCCUACCUUUGCGGUGGAGCAGCAGCAGAUGCCGCAGCAGCAGAAGCAGCAGCAGCAGCAGCUGCAGAGGCAACAGCAACUGGAGAGAUGCCCUGGCACACCCCUGCUGCUUCCGCUGCUGCAGCAGCGGAGAAAGACUCUGCUGCGAGCAACCCUCCUGCAGCAGCAGCUGCAGCAGCAGCAGCAGCAGAACCCGAAGCAGCAGUACUGGAAGCAGCAGCACCCGAAACAGCAGCAGCAGCAGCAGCAGCAGCAGCAAGAGGACGGCAGUUUCCUCCUGCAUGCAGGUGGGGUAGCGGAUGGUCUCUGCUGCAGUCGGUGGGUGCAGCAGCAGCAGCAUCGCUGCAGCAGCACAGCAGAGAUGUUUGUCUCCUUCGCUAUUGCUGCUGUCUCUCCGUUCGCUUCUGGGGCUCUACAGUUUGUCUUCGCUUUACAGGUAAGCUGCAGCAGCUGCAGCAGCUGCAGCAGCUGCCUGCAGCAGCAGCAAACUCCACCCCGCCUGCAGCAGCAGCUCUACCCGCUCUCCGUUCUCCGGCUGCUGCUGAUGCUGCUGAUGCUGCUGCAUCGACGUGGCCAGUGCAUGCGACAUCAGCAGCAGCAACAGCAGCAGCAGAUGGGGAGGAGACAGCAGCAAAUCGCUUGAAGUAUAUCUGCAGUUCAGAACGGGCGCUGCGGUGGUUUUAUAGAAAAGCUGCAGCAAGGCCUUGCAGCAGCAGCAGCAGCAGCAGCAAAGGAGGGCUGAAGCAUCUCUCCUUUUCUGUGUACAUACACCGCCUGGUUGUCUCUGUGUCGCUGGCACCGGUCAGCAGGUCUGCUGCUGCUGCUGCAGCAGCAGCAGCAGCAACUGCAGCAGCAGCAGCACACCGCGACGAGCAAAGGGGAAGCCGCAGGCGCAGCAGCGCGACGCUGGAGGACCUGCAGCAGCAGCAGCAGCAGCAGCAGCAACUGCAGCAGCAGAAGCAGCAGCAGCAGCAGCCUUUGCGUUUGUUUUUGUAUGGCAUUACCUGCAGCACUUCGUACGUUGAAGACAGCCGCG